CGAUCCGAGAAGUCGGAUCUUUUGUGCAGCUGCUUCAACGCUCGCGGAGUAAAUGAACUUGUCUCAAGAUUGUGGAGGAACCGGAGCGAAUUUGAAAGCAAUAAAGAAAAGGGAAUAGCAGCGUGCGCGCAACAUAAGGACAACGUGGGAAUGCAUCGAUGUGGAAGACUGGUAAUAAGAGACAGGAGUUCAUAAAUAGACACCGAACGCGUCCCUUCUCCAGCGAGCGGAAUAAAGCUGUACUUUUCACUUCUUAUUUGCUUUCGGUGAAGGGGAAUUCUGGUGUGGCGGCUUAAUGCCCGACGUGAAAUCAUAAAGCCCUCGUGUAAAACAUGAUGAGAAGGGCCCUUGAAACGGAUGGGAGCACAGACCGCUUUAGCUGACCUGAAUAAUGGGAAUGAAUAUAAUAAUAAUGGAACAGCCGCAUUGACGAAGAUCAUCCGCACACCCCUUCCGCCCGCUGCUGCCCGUCAGCAUGCUGCGGAUAAUUCCGCUCAAAUUCGGCCGCGUCUACCGGUGUGGCAAGUUCCUCUUCAUCGUAGCGCUUUUCGUUAUCCUGCUGAUGAACACUCACAACCUGUUCGCCUCUUUCCAGAGGAACGAGCUCACCGAUCGGCGCUUCAUCAGCCUCAACAAGUGUCCGGCCUGUUUCGGUACCAGCUGGUGUCGGAAGUUCAUGAACGGCCAGGUGACCUUCGAGACGUGGGGUCGCCUGCGCUUUUUAGACUUUUUCAACGUAAAGAAUGUUUUUUUCGCUCAGUACGGAGAGCCCAGGGAAGGAAGUCGCAGGGUCGUGCUCAAACGCCUGGGCUCUAAUCAAGAGCUGGCAGAGAUCGAUCAAAAGAUAUGCAAGAGGGCCACCGGAAGACCCCGAUGUGAUCUGAUUCAGGCUAUUUACAAAACCGAGUUUGCCCGACUGAACGGGGACGUGAGACUGCUGACCCCGGAGGUCGUGGAGGGCUGGUCGGAUCUGGUCCAUUGUCCAUCCCAGAGGCUUUUAGAUCGGCUGGUUAGGAGAUAUGCGGAGACCAAGGACUCUGGAAGCUUCCUGUUAAAGAAUCUUAAAGACACGGAACGAAUGCAGCUAAUGAUGACCUUGGCCUUCAACCCAGAGCCUCUUGUGUUGCAGAGCUUUCCGUCCGACGAAGGCUGGCCGUUCGCCAAAUACCUGGGGGCCUGUGGCCGGAUGGUGGCGGUGAAUUACGUGGGCGAGGAGCUCUGGAGCUUCUACAAUGCACCCUGGGAGAAGAGAGUGGAUCUGGCCAAGCAGCUGAUGGACAUCGCCGAGCAGCUGACCAACAAUGACUUUGACUUUGCCCUUUAUCUGCUGGACGUCACCUUUGACAACUUUGCAGUCGGGCAACGUGACGGAAAAGUCAUCGUCGUUGACGCAGAAAACGUCAUAGUGGCGGACAAGAGAUUAAUAAAACAGAAUAAACCAGAGAACUACGACAUCUGGUAUGAGAGCCGUUACGAAGAAUGCGACAAAGAGGCCUGUCUCUCCUUCUCUAAGGACAUCCUCUGCUCCCGAGUCACAGUGGACCACAACUACUACGCCAUCUGUCAAAACCUCCUCUCCAGAUUCGCCACCUGGCGAGGGACCACGGGCGGUCUCCUCCACGACCCCCCCACUGAUGUGGUCAAAGACGGCCGCCUCACGGCCCUGCUGGAUGAGUGCACCAGGCCUCAGAAACAUUACGGUCGAUUCCAGGCAGCUAAAGAACUCCGGGAGUAUCUGGCACAACUCACACAGCUGAGCAGUACUAACAGGUAGUGUCAAGAACAGGGGAUGAUGUCUCCUGCUUAAUAAAAAGCCUAAGAGGUACACUGAUGUGGUAGCCAUUCGUGGACCCUGCGAGGGUAGGAAGUCGCUCUCAAAUGACGUUUAUCAAUCACACCUUUGGUUCUGGGUAUGUCCGGGGCUAAUGAAAAAAUUUGCACAUGAACAUGGAUAAGAGGGUUGUGUGAACGGCAGGCUAGAGGCUAAAACUGCUGUGAUCACACUGGUGUGUGUGUGUGUUUCUGAAAAAUCCAUCUUAAGAUAGAGGCUGUGUUUUGGAACAAGAGUCUGCGGUUUCUAUUUAAUUCAUAAUGGUGAGCUGCGAGUACACCGUAAGCAGGGGUUAUUACUAAAAUGACACAGGAAGCUAAUUUUUUGUUUGACUUCUUAGCGCUAUUGUAUUUCUGAGCUCUAAAUUGAAUUAACCACCUGGUUCCUUUGCUACGGGAACCUUAGUCAUGUCUUAACUGAAUUUGAAAGCCUGCUUGAUCAAAUUUCCCUCCAAUAAGUGGUGUAAUUUGCCCAAGUCUUUCCUGUAUGAUGAAUAUGCUUUGCGAGUCUUCGAUGCUUUAUGAAAAAGUGGCAAUCCGUUUUUCACUGGCAGUACCUUGACAGUGUGAAGUUUAAGGAAGAAGAGAAAACCAUAAAGGGAAUUCAAACAAAAAAGUAUGCAAGAAUAAAAAAAAACCAAAGACAAAUGUCAUCAAUGUUUAGAUGUUUUUGUUCUUUUAGCGACGCUUUGACCAAUAUCAUCCAAAAGGGCAAUCACAAGCUCUUAUGUUUUCUGUUUCUGUUGUCGAAAUACAGUUCUGUUUUUGUACUUUCCUCUUUUUGGACCAAUUCAGUUGAAGUCAGCUAUCGUGAUAUACAGUUCUGUCACAUUCACUUGCACUGUACUCAUACAUUAAAGUGAUAGUUCACCCAAAAAUGAAAAUUCAGUCAUCAUUUACUCACCCUCUUGUCAUUUCAAACCUGCAUGACUUUCUUUCUUCUGCAGAACAUAGAAGAUGACCUUUUGCAGAAUGAUGUUAACUGGCCCGCAUUCACUUGCAUUGGUUUUGUGUCCCUACAAUAGAAGAGAGAGGAGCCAGUGAUGUUCGGUUACCAACUUUCUUCAAAAUAACUUCUUUUGUGUUCUGCAGAACAAAGUCUUUUAAAGGUUCAAAAUGAUAAGAGGGUGAGUAAAUGAUGACAGAGUUCUCAUUUUUGGGUGAACUGUCACUUUAAAUUUACAAACAGGUGCACUACAUUGUCAUUAUUACUCGUAUUCCUUUCCUUUUUGCCCUCUUAACAGUUUUGUGACGUAAAUAUUUGUGUGCGUAUUUCAAAUGUUAUUUUCUCAUGCAAGCGUGACCUGUGUGCAACUUUACAUUCGUAAUAAGCAAUAUUGGGAGUCAAUGGAGUGUAAGGAAUUAUUGCUUUAACAUGUCCUUCGUUUUAGUUUGUAUAUUUAUGCCGUAUGAAGAUGUUCUUAUCUUCCUGCAAUUUUGGAAUCCUCGGGUUAUGUUAAAAAAAUGUAUUUGUUUGUUUUCUGUAAGACAAAAAAGUCUGCUUUUGUAUGUGUUUGUUUUAAGACUGAGAAAAGGUCUGGUCUUACUGUGCCUUUCAUUCAAAGUUGUAUUUUCAACUGGAACUCGAAAGUAUAUUAAAGUACAUCUAUACUUA